CUCGUCAAGAAAUUCACUUCUUCCUCUAUCAGUAAUCAGAAACACUAGCAAUAUCAGAAGGAGAGCUUGCGCUCAACGGUUCCAGCCAGCAGUCAGGCCUCAUCAUGGAUGCCACAAUUGGAGAGUCGGCACCCUCUGUGGAGAGGGCAUUCGAGGGUCAGCCGUAUCCUGGUUUCUGGGGGCUGGUGACACUGCGAUCCAUGGCUGUCGCGGUGGUGUAUGCAUUCAUAUUUUCUAUGGUGUCACUAAGGAUCUACAUGAUCGUCGGGCUCGUAGGAGCAUUCAACAUGCCUUCAAAUAUCCUCUGCUUCGCCACCCUCAAGGGGCUCGUGUCCCUGCUGCGCCGCUGCGGUAUAGCUGCUGCCCCAUUCACCCGGCAGGAGAAUGUCUUCUUACAGACCAGUGUCAUCACAUGUGUUAAUGUGGCAGUCGCAAGUGGUUUUGCAACGUACCUUGUUGCAAUGACUUCUGACUUAGCAAAAUCUCUUAGUGACAAUCCAGACAAAGAAGACAUUAUUGAGGAUGUACCGAUGGGAAGAUAUGGGUUAUUAAUUUUCUUCACUGCCAUGUUGGGAAUAAUGGCAAUGAUACCCAUGAUAAAGGUCAUGAUCCUUGAUUACAGACUGCUAUUUCCAACCGGCUCAGUUGUGGCUCACCUUAUAAAUUGUUUCCACACACCACAAGGGGCAUUUGUAGCAAAGUUGCAGGUUCGUGCUUUACUGAAAGCAUUUCUCGGAAGCAUUUCUUGGUCUGUUUUCCAAUGGUUCUAUACUGGAGGUGAUAGUUGCGGAUUUCAGGUCUUCCCAACAUUUGGCCUAGAACUUUAUAAGCAUAGAUUCUAUUUCGAUUUCUCUGCGUCAUGGGUUGGUCUUGGUAUGAUUGUUCCACAUGUUGUAAACUUUGGGUUGGUUUUUGGGGGCCUCAUCUCUGGAGGAAUCAUAUAUCCUUACCUUCAAAGUAAAAGAGGGGAGUGGUAUUACACUGAAAAUCCAUCAUCUUUGAAUGGAAUUAACGGAUACAAGGUUUUCAUGGGCUUAACUAUGGUUGUCACCGAGGGAAUUUACAACUUCAUUACACUCAUGACAGUAUUGUUAACUGACUUUUACAAAAAAAGGCAAGAAAAUGAUUCAGGGAUGUCUAAGUAUAUCUUGAAACACCCUAGUCUUAGCUAUGAUGAUCGUAAAAGGCUUGAGAUUUUUCUUGGUAAUCAUAUCCCUGUUAUUGGAGGAGUAGUUGGAUACAUUGCAUUUGGGAUAAUAUGUUCAGUUAUUGCCCCUUGGAUCUUCCAUCAAAUUAAGUUCUAUCACGUAGCCACAUUAUUCAUCACCAUUUUUCCAGUGUUCUUCUUCAGCAAUACAUAUGUCACAGGACUCACAGAUUGGACAGUUUCACCAACUUAUUGCAAGGUCGUGCUUUUCAUUAUAGCAGCAUGGAUCGCCAAACCUGGUGCAAUUAUUGCUAGCCUUGCAGCUUGUGGUCUAGCAUUGAUAUCUCUUAAUGUUUCUUGUCAAGCAAUGCAAGACCUCAAAACAGGUUAUAUGACACUAACUUCUCCAAGAGUUGUUGUUGCAGGGCAUAUGUAUGGUGUACUAAUUGCUUCUAUUAUCAACCCACUCAUCUAUCUUUUCUUUAAAGCACAUGCGAAAAAAUCUGCCCCCCUUGGAACAAAGAAUUCAGUAUACCCAUGCCCCUCCGCAGCAGUGUAUCGUGGCAUUGCCUUGCUUAGUACCGGAGGAGUAAAUGAGCUACCUAAACAUUGUUUCACGUUUUGUUUCAUCACCAUCUUUGUAACAAUAGCUAUCGAAUCAAUUAGAUUGGUGUCGCAGCGAAAAGGUUGGAAAGUGCAACAUUACAUCCCGUGUAUGACAGCAAUAGCACUACCAUUCCUUGUUGGACCUACCUUCACCAUUGAUUUUGCUCUAGGUUCAAUAUUGUUAAUAAUCUGGACCAAGGUAAAUCGACAAAGUGCAGAAUUAUUGUCAUCAGCGGUUGCAGCAGGCUUAGUAUGUGGAGAUGGAAUAUGGUAUUUACCAUCAUCAGUAUUAGGCUUCUUCAAUGUGGAGCCUCCAAUCUGCAUGAGAUUCCUAGCAAGUGGAAAACCUGCAGAGAUGGCAGAUGCCUUCCUAAAUACUUUGGGGACACAAGGAAUGCCAUGAAGAACAUAAGCAUAUAUGUAUUUAUAUGGAUUAGUGGAAGUUAUUGUAAAGGUUCAUGAAUUAUUUUUUUACUAUGUAGUUUAAUUUUCCAAGUAAAAUGAUAGUUUUUGCAUAUUUAAAAGUGGCACAUAGUGGAUAUAUGAAUACAUGAUAUUGUCAUUUGAGUGCAAAUGAAGAAGUUUGCACACAAUAGCUAUAUGUAUAAC